CUGUUUAGGGGAGGAUUGCACUGGGAGGCAAGAAACUGGUGCUGGUAGAGGAACUGGUUAGGGGAGGAUUGCACUGGGAGGCAAGAAACUGCUGCUGCACUGAACGCUAGGUGUGUGUUUAUGUGUGUGUGUGAAGACCAGGGCUGCUUGGAGACUCCCAAGAGACUCUACCAGCUUCCCAUCUCUUCACAAUGAGACAAGCCUGGAUUCAUUUCUUCCCAUCACCUUGUAGUUGAUAGUGUUAGAUGUGGAGGCAAUGCUGGCGUAGAGAUGGCAGAUAGUGUCAAGAUCUUCCUUAAUGAUCUCAUUAGGGGAAUUAAGGAUUCCAUAUGGGGGAUCUGCACAAUCUCCAAACUGGAUGCCCGGAUCCAGCAGAAAAGGGAAGAGCAGCGAAAAAGAAGAGCAAGCAGUGUGCUCGCCCAGCGAAGAGCCCAGAGUGAGGAGAGGAAGCAGGAGAAUGAACCCCGGAUAGUAAGCCGGAUAUUUCAGUGUUGUGCGUGGAAUGGAGGCGUAUUCUGGCUUAGCCUCUUCUUGUUCUACCGGGUAUUCAUACCUGUACUUCAAUCAGCGACAGCCCAUAUAAUUGGUGACCCCUCAUUGCACGGUGAUGUCUGGGCUUGGUUGGAAUUUAUUCUCACCUCCAUCUUCAGUGCCCUUUGGGUCCUUCCCCUCUUUGUGCUCAGUAAAGUUGUCAAUGCCAUCUGGUUUCAGGACAUUGCCGAUUUGGCGUUUGAGGUGUCAGGAAGGAAGCCCCAGCCUUUCCCCAGUGUCAGUAAAAUCAUUGCUGACAUGUUGUUUAACCUCUUACUGCAAGCUCUCUUCCUCAUCCAGGGGAUGAUUGUAAGCCUGUUUCCCAUCGAUAUCAUUGGCCAGUUGGUUUGCCUGCUUCAUAUGUCACUGCUCUACUCGCUGUAUUGUUUUGAGUACCGGUGGUUUAACAAAGGAAUUGAAAUGCAUCAACGGUUAUCCAACAUUGAAAGGAACUGGCCCUAUUACUUUGGAUUUGGUUUACCACUAGCCUUCCUCACUGCAAUGCAGUCUUCUUACAUUAUCAGUGGCUGCCUGUUUUCCAUUCUUUUUCCUCUGUUUAUCAUCAGCGCCAAUGAAGCAAAGACACCAGGGAAAGCAUACCACUUCCAGUUGCGUCUCUUUUCCUUGGUGGUCUUCCUUAGCAACAAACUCUUUCACAAGACCGUUUACCUUCAGUCUACCAUGAGCAGCUCUUCUUCAGCCGAUCGACUGCUCUCGCCCCACUCAUCACCUGCCAGACAAAAGGCUGCUUUGGCGCACUGAACCAUAACCAAAGCAGGGAGGAAGGAAGAGCACCGUUCCUGGCUGAUGUAUAAAUGCUCCUCUGGUCCGGGGAAGGGCAGUCAGCAUCCUGACAAGGGGGCUUGCGUAUCCUCCCAUCCCAUCACUGUUGGAAGCCCCAGUUGGACAAUGGUUUUGCAUCACACUGAAUGUGUGGCGGGAAAUACUGGGCUGGGGGGGGCUGGGUGGGGGACAGGGAGCAACAGAACCUGAGUUUUUAACACCUUUGUGAGUUUUUCAAAAGCCGGGUUCAUUGCUUGUUUUUAUAGUGUGUAUCGGACCUGUGCCUGUACUGGUUUUUUUUUUUGUAUUACCCCCCACUUCCCCAAGCCAUUCCCCUCCCCUCCAUCCCCAGGAUGAAUGGUUUUUGUAAUGCAUACUUUGUUGUAGCUUUGACGGAGGUCUUUACAGUGAACUGCACCACAAGAGUUGGGUUUUCUCAAUGAUCAUAGUCCUUUGUAUUUUAUAUAACUCAGGUCAGGAUUUUGUAAUCCCUGUCGUGCUGAAACGAAAAGUGGAUCAUGUUGGCUCUAGGUGCAAGAUCAAGAUGCAUCGUGGGAGGACUCCCCCUGUUCGUGGUACCUGGUGACAUCAGUACAAUUCUUGCUGUCGAUUGGCCCGCUUGGGUGGUGUCACCCUUGAAGGACCUGGACGAGUGCCACUUUUAACUGUUUUUAUGCUGGAAGGAAUCUGCUUUUGAUGGAUGAAACAAAUUCCUAACCUUAACAGCAGAAUGUAUGAAUUAAUUU